GGCCCAAGCCCCGAGCGCCCCCGGAGCCCCGCGCGGCGGGCGGCCCUCGCAGAUGGUCGCCGCUGGGGUGCGCCACACCGCUCUGCUCCAGAGCCGAUGGCACCGCCGUGGCGUGUGGCGCCAACGACUUUGGCCAGUGCGACCUCCCUGCGCCGGCGGAAGGCCUGGGCUUCACGCAGGUGGCCGCUGGGGCAUUCCACACCGUUCUGCUCCAGAGCGACGGCACAGCCGUGGCGCGUGGUGGGAAUGGCGAGGGCCAGUGCGACCUCCCAGCGCCGGCGGAAGGACUAAGCUUCACGCAGGUGGCCGCUGGAAAGUCCCACACCGUUCUGCUCCAGAACGAUGGCACCGCCGUGGCGUGUGGCGGGAUUGGCGAGGCACAGUGCGACCUCCCCGCGCGGGCGGAGGGCCUGAGGUUCACGCAGGUGGCCGCUGGAGCACUCCACACUGUUCUGCUCCAGAGCGAUGGCACCGCCGUGGCGUGUGGCUGGAGUGAUGACGGCCAGUGCAACCUCCCUGCCCCGGCGGAAGGCCUGGACUUCACGCAGGUGGCCGCUGGAGCAUUGCACACCGUUUUGCUCCAGAGCGAUGGCACCGCCGUAGCGUGCGGCGGGAAUGGCGAGGGACAGUGCGACCUCCCCGCGCUGGGGGAAGGUUUGAGGUUCACGCAGGUGGCCGCUGGAGGACUCCUCACUGUUCUGCUUCAGAGCGAUGGCACCGCCGUGGCGUGUGGCUGGAAUAACGACGGCCAAUGCAACCUCCCGGCGCCGGCGGAAGGUCUCACUUACGUGCCUCAUCUCUUGCCCACGCUGCUCUUGCAGGCAUUUGUCGACGGCGACUCGAUUUGCUUCACGACGUUUAGUGGGGUGGAGCGUUACCGAUGUCGAGCCGCACCAGACGCUCGUCUAGCCAUCAUUCAAGAGCAGCUGACGGCCACUCACCAGGUGGGCAGGCAUGGCUUCGGACUCGUGCGAGUCGACGCCGUCUUGCCGGGGGGGCGACUACUGAGCGACGCGUCGGUCGCGGAGACCUUGGCGAGUGCCUUCGAGCUCGAUCCACAUUGAGACGCCGCGCAGCGUGUGGGCACAGACGCCAAAGCGUUUGCCGAGCUGGCUGCCGAAGCGGAAGCGGGUGCGACGAGUUGGAUGAGCAUGAGUUGUUCAAUCCGGUUACAUUGCCGCGCUAAAGCGCCGC